AACUGUGUUAAGGCAACUAUAGUAAAAACCAAAGUGGUUAUAAAAUGAAUGGCCAUGCUCAAUGAAGAAACCAAACUAAACUAUAUCCUUUAAAUUCACUUUGCUUCUCUCAAAAGUUUGGCUUGUGCUGCAUCAGUGUUGUUAAAGUCAUUAUUGUUAAUUUUUAGAGCUUCUCUAUACACUCAAGAAGACUAUGAGUGAGAAUCUGAAGAAAACUGCCUCUGAUGGCCAUGAGAAAAUGUUAGCAGUGUCACUAUCACAAGAACAGCAGGCUAAGAUCAUUGAGGUGAGAAAGUUGAUAGGAACAUUAUCAGAUAAGGAAUCUGUGUACUGUUCUGAUGCAUCCAUUUCAAGGUAUUUAAAAUCACAAAAUUGGAAUGUUAAGAAAGCAUCUCAAAUGUUGAAACAAAGCCUGAAAUGGAGACAGGAAUAUAAACCUGAAGAGAUUACCUGGGAUGAUGUUGCUAAGGAAGCAGAGACAGGGAAAAUGUAUAGGCCAAAUUAUUGUGCAAAGGAUGGAAGACCAGUACUUAUAAUGAGAACAAAUCGCCAGAAGUCAAAGACAUUGGUAGAAGAGAUUAAGCAUUUUGUUUACUGCAUGGAGAAUGCAAUUUUAAAUCUUCCACCUAACCAGGAGCAGGUGAUCUGGCUGGUUGAUUUCCAUGGUUUCAGUUUGUCAAGUGUAUCAUUCAAGAUGACGCGCGAAGUUAGCCAUAUAUUACAAAAAUAUUAUCCGCAGCGCCUAGGAUUGGCAAUCAUGUAUGAUGCACCUGGGAUUUUCCAACCAUUCUUCUCGAUGGUGAAGGUUCUGCUUGAGACUGAGAGUUACAAUAAGAUAAAGUUUGUUUAUUCUAACGACCAAAAUACAAAGAAGACUAUGGAGGGUUUGUUUGAUAUGGAUCAACUAGAACCUGCAUUUGGUGGGAAUAAUGCCACAGAAUUUGAUAUGAAUAAAUAUGCUAAGAGAAUGAGAGAGGAAGAUAACAAGAUGCACUCCUUAUGGACACAGGCAAACUCUCCAUUGUCAGUCUCGCACAAUGUUCCUCCUUCAGAUUCGAUCAGGUUAGAAGUAGAUUCUGAUGCUUCCAACGAGAAAAUAAUUGAUUCCUCUGUUCCUAAACCUGAUCAAUAUAUCUCGGUUACUCGUGGGGACACAAAUGUCAUGGCAUAGAAUGAGAAAUUACUAUAUAGAUCUCUUUAAAAAGUGACAAGUCAACUGCAUGAGCUAUGAUAUUCUAGUUGGAAACCUAGACUUAAGAGAUAUGAUAUAAACCUUAUGUUGGAUUUAUGUUGAUAUAUGAUUUUACCUUGUAGCAAGCUUGAAGGCUUUUGGCCUUUAAAAUAAAUAAAGACAUAUUACAUAUUUGCAUUCAGCAGAA